AACAACAAAUUUCCGAUAUAAAUAAAGCAUCUCCAAGCGUGUAUCUAUCAAGUCGAAUUUACUCUGUAUACCCGCAUUAUCAGAUGUAUGCAGAGAGCGAGAAUACAGAAGCACAAGCUGAUAGGCAGAGGUCAAAGUUAGCUAGAAUAACAAGUUCAUUUGUUCAUUAAGCACAAUUUGAAUGCACUAGUUCGCGUUGAUCCCCGUUUAGAACGAACGUUAAGUACUUAUUAGCAGCAGAUCCCAGUUAGCCAUGUUUAGAUUUAACAAAUGCCAUGUUGCAAGGAAGAUCACAAGGGCCAAGCAGAUUCUGAGUAGGUGCCAGAGCUCUGAUAGCAAUGUUCCCAAGCAAGCGGAUGUAGUGAUUGUUGGUGGGGGUGCCUCUGGAUGCAGUACAUGGUACCACUUAUGCAAGAAAGGAAUACGAGCGGUACUCUUAGAGAAGAACACGAUCGCAAGUAGUACAACAUGGCACAGCGGAUCAAUAGUAUGGAGUUUGAGGGCGAACGAUGUGGACAUAGAGAUGAUGCAGAAAACCAGACAACUUCUGGCCAAUUUAGAGAAGGAGACGGGAGUUGACCCUGGUUGGAAACAAUCCGGAGGUCUUUUUAUUGCAAGGACAAAAGAACGUUUGGAAGACUACAAGAGGAGCCACACGCUAGGCCACUAUUUCAACAUUGAAAGCCAUUUGAUAUCACCCAGCGAGGCUCAAAAGCUGUGUCCCACACUUGACCCAAAAUCGUUCCAUGGAGCUUUGUGGUCCCCAGGAGAUGGACAUGCUGAUCCAUCGAUGUACUGUAACGCCCUUGCGAAGGGAGCUAUUAAACUGGGAGGACAGUUGUUUGAGAACACGCCCAUAGUCAAGAUCCUGACAGAGCCAACCCCUAACAACGAAAGAAAGAUAAUUGGAGUCGAAACUGACAAAGGCAGCAUCAAGACCAGCAACUUGGUAUUAGCUGCAGGCGUUUGGUCCAGGAUUUUGGUCCAAAGGAUCGGUUUGGAUAUCCCAAUGACCACAAUCAAGCACACUUUCCUCACUACGGGGAAUGUACCAGAAGCGAAGGAUACGCCAUGUAUCAGAGAUCAUGAUGGUAAACUGUACUUCAGGCCCCAAAAUGGUCAUGUUGUUUUGGGUGGCUAUGAACCUAACCCAGAUAUUGUCAAAGAGCUUGGGAAGGACCACCAGUUUAGUUUGUACGAUGUGGACAAAAGUACCGUUGAUGAACAUUGGAAGAAUGCGUUAAAAUUGUGUCCAUCUUUGGAGAAAGCGGGGAUCAAAUCGAGUACUUGUGGACCAGAACUGUUUACACCGGAUCACAAACCUAUAAUGGGUGAAGAUCCAAAAUGCGUAGGAUUGUUCCACUGCAGCGGCUUCAAUUCCCUUGGUGUGAUGAUGAGUGGAGGUGUUGGUGAACAGACUGCAGCUUGGGUGACGUUGAACAGACCUGAGCUACCUCUGUUCGCAUACGAUAUUCGAAGGUUCACAAUGCCCCAGAGGAACGACCGUGCCUGGGUCAUCGAAACUUGUCACGAGAGCUACGCCAGCACCUACAAUAUCAACUAUCCGAACAGUCAGCCCUUGGCUGGUAGGAAUCAUAAGAUCGACGCAUUCCACGAGGCAUUGGUAGCCAGUGGUGCAGUGAUGGAACAAGCUUCCGGUUGGGAAAGACCAGCGUACUUCGUCAAAGACAGAACAGUACCUGUGAGAGGGUACGAUUGGUACGGAUACUACGGACAUGUCGAUAAUGAAGAUAAACGGUACGAAAGAGAGCUGGAGGGAGAUAUGACGUUUGAUUUCUCGAGGCAUCACGAUAUUGUAAGUAAUUUGAUCUACAGAACGGUUGUUCAUUCCAUUUAUCAAAUUAAUACAAUAUUCCGUAAACCUAUUGGGUCAUAUUGACCGUCGAUCUGUUGUUCUCGCCACGUUAUUACAUUUCUGAAGAUACUGUUAGAAGAUUGGAAAUAUAACAUACUGUAUAAAAAAAUAUUAUCACUUUGUUGUUUUUAUCAUGCAAGCUAAAGUUUGUUUCUGGAUGAAUUGUAUGCGUAGAUCAUGAUUUGAUUUUUCCGCUCAGAUUAAUGGGAGGUACAAAAAAUCCCCAUUCUCUGUUCUGAUUUCUUGUAUACCGAAUUACCCCUGUGCACCGAGUUUCAUUUAUUUGUAGGCACGAGGAACGAAAUUAAAAAUUUUACGUAGAGAAGCUUCACAGAUUGAAGGUUUUCUACUGUAUAGAAAAUGUCCAAAAAUUGUUUUCUAUUUGCAACUAGGAAAAAGCUGGCCUGUUAAGUGACUUGGUGUAUAGACCAUCAUUCUGCAGUUCGUUUUUCGCUGAGAACGGUGGGUUGCUCCAAAAGGCUCGUUUUUCUGAAUCCAUACGGUUUUGCUCCUCGGAGCUCUCCCGCCCGACUUCAGCCUCCUAUCCAAACCGUGUCGAACUUCGUACAGCCAGAUCUCGACCGCUUCUUUGUCCCUAGGGUUUCGAGAUUGUGGAACAACCUACAUGAGGAGGCUACUCCCGGUUAUACUUAUCUUGGCCAGUAAAAAAAAGACGGAUUAAGCUUCUUUCAGUUCCUCAUAGCAGCCGCGGUGCCCUGGCAUUUAGGCGUCUCCCUGCGCGGCCGCUUUGAUGUAGAAAAAGAUGCAAAUAUAAUUUCCUAGCACUUUCAUUUGGGAAAAAGUAUAAACCAACAUGCUAUCUGAGUAGCACUCAAACUUGUCAGUUACGAACACUCAAAUGACGAGUCUAGGUAGGUACUUUGGUAAUAUAAAAAGAAAUAAAGUCAACUUUGGUACUCUUGAUGGUGUCUAAAACAACUCUUUUUUCCAAUGACAGAUCAAGGAAGAGGCACUAGCAGCAAGAGAGAACGUCGCCCUGUUCAACAUGAGUAGCUUUAUUAAAAUGUACCUUACUGGUCCAGAUGCUAGAGAGGCAGCUGACUGGCUGUUCACCGCUAACGUGGACCAAGAGCCUGGUAGUGUACAUUACACAUGUACCCUUAAUUCCAGAGGAGGAGUCGAAGCUGAUGUCAUGGUUGUGCCAUUGGAAGAAGGUGUUGGUACCCUUGUUGGACCGAUUCUGAAGGGUAAAGGUUACUACAUAGUGGGGGAAGCCAAAGCAGGUUACCAGACAAAAGCUCACUUCAGGAAGCAGCUUUACAGGAAAAACUUCAAAUCACUGGUUACUGAAAUGACAGCCAAAAUAGGCAUCUUAUCGCUUCAGGGUCCUAAAAGUGGUGAGCUGUUGCAAUCAGUGACAGAAUACCCAAUAACAGACGAGAAACUUCCGUACGAGAUGUCCCGAUUGAUGAAAAUCGCAAACCAGACCGUUCGUGUGAUGAGAGUUAGCUAUAUCGGCGAGCUGGGCUUCGAAAUUCACAUACCUCAAGACUCCUGCAUCAGGGUGUACAACAAAAUCCUGGAAGCAGGACGAGGAUUUGACUUGAAGCACGCUGGAUUCAGAGCCUUCAAUGCUUUGAGCUGUGAAAAAGGACACCAUUUAGUCAACUACGACCUGCGAAUCGACGACAACCCAGUGGAAGCUGGUUUGGAACGUCUGUGCAGGAAAGAUGGACAGUACCAAGGCAAAUUGGCCGUAGAAAGGCUAAAGCAAGAGGGACUUAAGAAAAGGAGGGUGUUCUUCACUAUCGAUCAACCAGUGGCUGUGUACGGUUCUGAGUCUAUCUGGAGGGACGAUCAAGUAGUGGGCUACCUCAGGAGAGGAGACUAUGGCUUCAGUUUGGACAGUAGCAUUGGAAUUGGGUAUGUUUGCCAUCCGAAAGGAAAGACAGUAGACAACGAGUUCCUAAAGAGCGGUACGUACCAAGUAGAAGUACGGAAUAAGAAGUACCCCGCAAUGCUGUAUCUCAACAGUCCUUUUGAUCCUAAGAAUAACAGGCUGUAUGGAAGGUACGAGACCGAUUUCCAGGAACAAGAACACUUUGAAGACUGAUUUUAUUUAGGUUUAUGUUAUUUUGAUGUAUAAAAUCACUUUUAUAUAAUAUUUUUAUAACUUAUGAAUUUAUGUUUAUUGUAAAAUAAAGUACAGGUAAUUUAUGUUUAUUUAUCUGG